AUGCCGUCUUACCCGGGAGCUGCGGAGGACCUGCCGCCCGACAAACCAGGUGAGAUAUUCUGCUUCGGGUCGCUCCUGCGGCAGGUACAGAUGGCCAAACUCUUCCCGGAUGACAAGGAGUUUGUGGACAUGCCACUGAACAAGGCGCCCAGUGAAGUGCUGCAAGACUUUAAACAGCUGGAGGAGAGGGAAGGAGCCAACCUGACCCAGGCCCAGCUGAGAGCAUUUCUGAGUAAACACUUCGAACCUGCCAGGCAGGAGCUGGAAACCUGGGUGCCAGAAGACUGGAAGGACAGCCUCCCGCUGCUGCAGAACAUCUCUGACCCUGAGUUGAGGGCCUGGGCCAGGUCCCUGCAUGGGCUGUGGAAGAUACUAGGGAGAAAGAUGAAGGACGAAGUGAAAGUCCGGCCGGAGCGUUAUUCCCUCCUUCCCGCCAAGCAGCCAUUCAUCGUGCCAGGAGGCCGUUUUGCUGAGUUUUACUACUGGGACUCGUACUGGGUGAUCCAGGGGUUGCUCCUGUCUGAGAUGCCAGGCAUGGUCAAGGGCAUGCUGCAAAACUUCUUGGACCUGGUCAAAGAUUACGGUCACGUCCCCAACGGAGGCCGCGUGUACUACCUGCAGCGGAGUCAGCCCCCACUCCUGGCGCUCAUGAUGGACCGCUACGUCGCCCGCACCCGGGACAUGGCCUUCCUACGGGCCAACAUCCAUCUCCUGGAGAAGGAACUGGACUUCUGGAGACAGACGACCGUGACGGUACCCCUGGGCUCGUGGUCUUACAGGAUGUUCCGCUAUUACGUCCCCUUUGGGGGACCCAGGCCGGAGUCGUACAGCAAAGACGCGGAGCUGGCCGAGCCUCUGGGCCAAGCGGAUCGGGAGGAGCUGUGGUCGGAGCUGAAGGCCGGGGCCGAGUCGGGCUGGGACUUCUCCUCACGCUGGUUUGACCCGAGCCGGGAGGCCCACACCCUUCGGGACACGAGGACCAGCCACGUGGUGCCUGUGGAUCUCAACGCCUUCCUGUGCCAGGCCAUGGGCCUGCUGGCCAAAUUCCACACCAUGUUGGGGAACGAGAUGCAGGCCCAGGCCUAUCAGGAUGAGCGGGCCCAAUGCCAGGCGGCCCUGAGCGCUGUGCUGUGGGAUCCGCAGGCUGGCACCUGGUUCGACUACAACCUGGUCGAGAGGCAGCGGCACCAGGCCUUCUUCCCCUCCAACUUGGCUCCGCUCUGGGCCGGCUGCGCCCCAGGCCCGGUGGAAGGGGACAGAGCAGUCAAAUACCUGCAGGACAGCGGUAUCCUGAAGUUCGGGAAGGGGAUCCCCACCUCGUUGAAGCGGAGUGGGGAGCAGUGGGACUAUCCCAACGCCUGGGCCCCCCUGCAGGAGCUGGUCAUCACCGGUCUGGCUGAAUCGGGGUCAGACCGGGCCCAGGACGUGGCCUUCACGCUGGCCCAGAACUGGAUCAGGACCAACCUGGCCACCUACAAGCGCCACAAGCAUAUGUUCGAGAAGUACGACGUGAGCGGCGACGGGGAGCCCGGGGGGGGAGGGGAAUACGAUGUGCAGGUGGGCUUCGGUUGGACCAACGGGGUGGCUCUGCAGCUCCUGGCUCGCUACGGCGACCGCCUGACAUCGGGGACGGGGCAGCUGGCCCUACCCCCAGUGGCCCUGAACCUCUGCCCGCUCCUCUACCUGCUGCGCUGAAGAGCUCCUCCCUUCCCCUCCCCCUUCCUCUCCUUCCUUCAGCUGCCACCACACUGCUCUCAACCAUGCCCAUGCCUCCCCAUUCUAAAAAAAACCCUCCUAGACCUCCAGUUUGCUCCAGUUCUGACCCCAUCUCCUUCCUACUAUUCCUCUCCCAACUCGUUGAACGAGUUGGCCUCAGCUGCCGCCUGCAUUUCCUCUCCUCCACCUCGCUGCGUUCUGACUUCUGCCCCCUUCACACCAUGGAAAAGGCCCUAAGGUCACCAAUGACCUCCUCCUUGCCAGAUCCAACAGCCUCUACUCCAUCCUAAUCCUCCGCUGCCCUCUACAUCGUACACCACCUCCUUUUCCUGGAAACAUUCUCCCAUCUUGGCUUCACUAACACUGUCCUCUCCCGGUUCUCCUUCUAUUUCUCAGGCCACUCAUUCUCAGUCUCUUUCGUAGGCUUCUCCUCUGCCUCCCAUCCUCUACCAAUGGGGGUCCCUCAAGGCUCAGUUCUGGGUCCCCAUCUAUUCUCCGGCUGCACUCACUACCUUGGAGAACUCAUGCACUCCCAUGA